UGCUCGAACACAAACCGACCUCCUGUGCGACCAAGUCCUUACUACAUCAGUGAUCCGACUAUCACCCCACAAUCAUCCCGAACCACAUAUCAGAACACCAAUCCAAAGAAAGAAUAAAGAGCAACGAUGGGCGCGUGCAUGUCAUCCGGAGGUGGGGAUACCAUCGAGGCGAGGACGAACAGGGAUUUGGAGAAGAUGAUCAAGGAGGAUGAGAGGAAGAUGCGGCAGCAUGUCAAGCUCUUACUGCUCGGAGCAGGCGCUUCGGGGAAGAGUACGGUGCUCAAGCAGAUGAGGCUCAUCCAUAACGUGUCUUUCACCCCGGCCGAGUUGGAAUACUACCGUCAACUGGUCUUUAGCAACGUUGUCAAUGGAAUGAAGUUGAUCAUCGACGCGAUGGACGAAUGGGAGAUGAGCGUCGAGUCGCACAACCGGAAAUACAUCGCAUUAGUGGACAACCCCCCGGAUAUUAAGGACGGCGAGACGUUUCCUAUGCAAUACCGAGAACCGCUGGAAUCCCUCUGGAAGGACCGGGGCGUACAAGAGGCGUUUGCCAGGGGGAACGAGAGCGCUCUGCCAGAAAACUUGCCCUAUUUCUUUGCGGAUCUAGACCGGUUCUGGCGUCCAGACUUUAUGCCGGACCAGCAAGACAUUCUGAGGGUCCGGGUGAAGACGACGGGUAUCUCGGAGACCAAGUUUGUGGUGGGAGAGUUGACGUACUCGAUGUUUGAUGUCGGUGGUCAACGAUCCGAACGACGGAAGUGGGUAUCAUGUUUCGAGAAUGUCACGGCCAUCUUGUUCUUGGUAGCCCUGAGCGGGUACGACGAGUGUUUGGUCGAAGACAAGGAUUCGAACCAAAUGCAAGAGGCCUUGAUGCUAUUUGAUUCGAUCUGCAAUUCGCAGUGGUUUACCAAGACGAGCAUUAUCCUGUUCCUGAACAAGGACGACAUCUUCCGUCAAAAGAUCAUGAACCCUAAAUCCCAGAUCGCGCAAUAUUUCCCCAACUUUGACGGCCAGCCACUGGAUUACGAGGGCGGGCGAGAGUUUUUCCGGAAACAGUUUACGAGGCUGAACAGGUCGUCGACUAAAGAGGUCUAUACGCACUGCACAACCGCAACGGAUACGGCGAUGCUCAAGGUGGUCAUGGCAGCGGUACAAGACACAAUUCUACGAAGCCAGUUGAGAGAUAUGGCGAUGAUCUGAUAAUGUCGCGCAAGAUAAUGGACGGGGGACCUCUUUCUGUGUCGUUUUGUGUUUCGGUAAUAUAUCUUUUUCAGCUCGC